AGCCAAGCAAAGGCCAGGAAGAGUUACUGAUGUUUCCGUGGUCACCGUGAGAUCGGUUCGCCGUCGGCUUCCUGCUGCAUUGAGAAGAACGGUGUAAAGACCGACUGGGAAGACUCAGUACCAUCACCUCAACUAUAUUAUACAAUGAAACUAUUAGUAAUAUCUCCCUCUAUCGAUGUCUGCUUUGUUACGGCUAUACUGCUGGUGAUGGGCCUUUCGACUCCAGGACAAGCAGAAGUCACCAGUCUGGACUCAGGCAACAUUGAUGAUGUCCUAAAUAAUGCUGGGGUUGCAUUAGUCAAUUUUUAUGCAGACUGGUGUAGGUUCAGUCAGAUGCUCCAUCCAAUUUUUGAGGAGGCAUCUAACAUAGUGAGGGAGGAGUUUCCCGACACCAAGCAGGUGGUGUUUGCUCGUGUUGAUUGUGACCAACAUUCCGACAUCGCCCAGCGGUACCGCAUCACCAAGUAUCCAACACUGAAGUUGUUCCGCAAUGGAAUGAUGAUGAAGAGGGAGUACAGGGGUCAGAGGUCGGUGGUAGCCAUUGCUGACUUCAUCCGCCAGCAGCAGGUCGACCCUGUGAAAGAAAUUCACUCACUGGAGGAGGUUAACACCCUGGAUAGAAGCAAGAGAAACAUCAUAGGUUACUUUGAAACAAAAGACUCCGAUAACUACCACACAUAUGAAAAAGUUGCCAACAUCCUUCGAGAUGACUGCACAUUCUUGGCUGCCUUUGGUGCUGUGUCUCAGCCUGAGCGCUUCAGUGGAGACAAUGUGAUCUACAGACCUGCUGGUGAGAACGCUCCUGACAUGGUCUACUUCGGCUCACUCGCUAACAUGGACCUGUCCUACGCUUGGACCCAGGACAAGUGUGUGCCUCUGGUCAGGGAAAUCACUUUUGAGAAUGGAGAGGAGCUGACUGAAGAAGGGAUCCCAUUCCUCAUCUUGUUCCAUAUCAAAGAAGACACAGAAAGCUUAGAGAUGUUCCAACAAGAAGUAGCUCGCCAGCUCAUCAGUGAGAAAGGUUCUAUAAACUUCCUUCACGCAGACUGUGAUAAGUUCCGCCAUCCCCUGCUCCAUAUCCAGAAAACUCCAGCUGACUGUCCCGUCAUCGCUAUAGACUCUUUCAGACACAUGUAUGUCUUCCCCGACUUUAAAGACGUCAGUGUCCCUGGCAAGCUGAGGCAGUUUGUAUUGGACCUUCACUCCGGAAAGCUUCACCGAGAGUUUCACCAUGGGCCUGACCCCACAGACAGCACACCCGGACAGGAGGAGACGGGAGAAGUGGCCAGCAGCCCCCCAGAGAGCUCUUUCCAGAAGCUGGCACCCAGUGAGACCCGCUACACCAUCCUCAGACGGGACCGCGACGAGCUGUGAUGUCAACUAGCCUCCAAUUAUCCUGUGACUCAAUGCCACGCCCCGGGGUCAGGGAGGGGGUUAGGGUUGGGACAGGCCAGUGCAGCAGAACAGCAACACCCGACACCCUUACUGAAGAGAGGGAGAUAGAGAGACGAGGAGGAGAAAAAGAAGAACAGGAGGAGAAUAUGAGAGGAGUUCAGUCCAUGACACAACCAUGUCGGAGUAACCUAUAUUUUCAUAACUUUUUCAAGUACAAUUUUUAUUUUGGAUUAUAAGGAUGGGAGCUAAGAAGAAAAUUUGUUUGGGCAAGGGGUUAGGAGCAUUAGGACAUCAAGAGAAGUGUUUUUACUUUUAUUUUUUGGAGCUUGUAAAUAUGUUUGUGCCACAUGGGAGUCUCUCAUUGUUGGUCUAAAUUAAAAGCAGUUUUCUUUAUUUUUUUUCAUCACCCUGCUUUUUGUAGGAAAAAAGCAGAACAGUUCCACCACUGCAGUUGUACAGUUCUUAUCUGUGGGUAGUCCAGUUCAGCCAGUCUGAUAGGAGUCACUUGUUUAGUCUCAUGGACCUCAUAGCUGCAUCUGGAUAUGACCAACUCUAGACUAAAUCAUUUGUAGAGGACAGGUUAUAGCAAUAUGCCUGUUUAAAUUAGUUUCACCUACAUAUCUUUUCCACACACACACGGAUCUGAAGGAAUAGCUAAAUAUUUUUAAAUACUUAAUAGGGAUAACAUCAUUUCACAUCUUGACCUGAGGGAGAGCUACUCUAGCCUAUUGAGAUGCAGCCUUUCUCUCCCUGGGACUAAAUGGUAAUAUAUUAUGAUGUCUCUUACAGUGCUUAGAAAAAGUAUUCACCUGUGGAAUCUUUCUCAUUCACUUUUUUUUUUAACCAGUGAAACACUGUGGAUGUAAUUAAGGUAUUGUCAUCAAUCAACAGAAACCACAGUCAUGUCAAAGUGAAUCAUACUGAAUACUGUUGUAACCCUGCAGAUUACCACAAAUACAUGAAGCCUGCUGGUGGCAGCAGCAUGCUGUGUGGAGGCGCCUCUGCAGCAGGCCCUGCGAGGCUCGUGAUGAUACAAAGGGUCAAAUGAAAGCAGCAAAGAGCAAAAGUCAUUGAGUUCAAGAAGAAAUACAUUUCAAACAUAAAGCCAGCUUAACAUAGGAAUGACCAUAAUAAGAUGUCCACCACCAGUGUGUAGAAAUUACAUCUGGCAUUGAAAUUAAAGAAUCAUUUUCUGUUGAUCAGUGUAUAAAAGUCUAAUUACAUCCACAGCUGUAAAACAGCAUAAUAUGAAAAGGUCAAAGGGAGGGGGGUGGUUACAUUUCAUAAGUACAGCAUUUGUCAGAACACCUCUUGAGUUGUGUUCCUGCGAAUUGAAGUAGAGAGAGAAAAUGUUUUGUAAUUUGUACCUCAACAUGAAUUUAUGAGAUGGCUGUUUUUGCUGUUGUCAAAUGUGUCGUCACGCUGCGGGAGAAAAUACUGUGUCCUUCCCAAUGUUUUUAAAAAGCCAAGAGACAAGGGGAAAACCCAGAUGAUGAAAGGUGGAAAUUUACACUCUGCCACUUUAUACGAGUCCUCUUAAGACUGAUUUUGUUAUUUUAUGUCUUUGAGGUUUUUGGUACAAGUCUAGAGCCACCGAGUGUGGAGGAAGCCAGAUUAAGAGUAUGGGGACCCAUUGCUGUGUGACCUGCCCUUCAAUAGAGGCCAAUAGAUCUCUGCAUAGUGACAUAUCUGCCCACAUACAGAAGAGCAAUGGGGGGAGUGGGACGCCCUUUCUAAUCCAGUCAUCUCAGAGGGAAAGAAGAAAAUAAGAAAAGUAAAUUAAAAAACAUUUUACAGGA